AUGGACCGUGAGCUCAAGAAGUUGGAGAUGGCAGUGGCCACUGUCAACCGGGCAAACAGAGUCGUCAAGAGAGUCCGCUACCGCCUCAAAGAGCCGUUCAUCAGUCAAGCUGUCAUUAAAGCUAAGCAGGCCGCCCAAACCAACGGUUUCUUCAAGCUCCCUUCCGAACUCCAGCAUCGCAUCUGGAAACUCCUUCCCACUGUGGCGGAUCGCCUGGCGCUUGCGCUCACUUGUAAAGAGACUGCGAUUAUGUUCGAGGCCACCAAAAGCAUCAAACUGGCGGACGGCAAGACGUUCCUGUUCCCGAAGCCACAACGUACCACCAAGUCCCACCGUUUGCAAGUUCUGGUCCGUCUGCGAUCUUGGGUCCCGGCUAAAUAUCAACUCUGCUACCGCUGCAUUCAGUACAUCAACCUGGAGGACGAUACCAACAAUGGGAACUGGGGAGGAAGUACUCAUAUUGUGGAUCAAGGCCUGAUGACCGAGAAGGCAAUGAGAAAAGGACCGCGCUGUGCUCUUUGUGUGUUGGCCGACAAGCUCGAGCUGGCCAGCCACAAGGAAGCUCACAAGAAGUUCAAGCAGCUGGCACGCCGUUAUGCUCUCGCCUAG